AUGAAAAAAGAAAAGGUAGAAGAUGAUAUUGAGGUUGGUUACGUGAAAGAGGACACGGACAAUGAUGAAUCCUCAUUUUCCGACUCUUCCAAUUCUGAAGAUGAGGAAAGUCUAGAGAAGCCACCAGAUAAGCCGAUGACGGAGUGGGUUGGCGACGACUUCCCCAACAAACCAAAGCGUCCGCCACGCGGCCUUAACAAGGUGUUGCAGUGGUUUUCAAAUGGACGCAGGUUUGUCUGCAAGAAGAAGCCCAUAGCGGAGGACGUCGAACCAGUGUGUUGUGAUGGAAUCGGUGGUCUCUGUGGUCUAAUCUUCCUCCUGCUCAUCGAUAUCGCUUAUGUCACGUAUUGUAUCAUCUGCAACAAGCUUGCUACUGAGGAUGACAUUCGACUAGUCUGGCUUUCAGCGUUGGUGUGGUUCGUUAUACUUAUCAAAAUCUGCCAUCGACUCAGUCGACUUGGCCGAUUGGUUGGUGGUUGCUUCACACCCUUUGGCGUUCUCGGUGACAAGAUCUCUGGUGGCUGGCAGAGUUUUAAGGAUAAAAUCCACAAUGGCUGGCAAUCCAUGUGGGAUAGAAUUGAUCCCAACAAGAAAACCCAAAAGAAGAAGAAGAAGCUUGCAAUAAAGCUUGUGGCCUUGAUAAUCAUGGGCAUCUUCACAAUCCUCUGUCUCAUCUUCUUCGUCAUUCUUAAAAGUGUGCGGAAUUUGGUCUCGCUAUCUGGAAUCUUUGUACUUCUGCUUAUUGCCAUCGCGAUCUCAAAGCAUCCAGGCAAAAUCAACUGGCAACCAGUCAUUGGAGGCAUCUUCGUUCAAUUGGUUUUUGCAGUAUUAACACUUCAAACACGUCCUGGCUACGUUGUCUUCCAAUUCUUAGGCGAUCGUAUGUCUGAGUUUCUAGCCCACAGCACAGCUGGCUCGUCUUUUGUAUUUGGUGACCUUACCUUCUUUGCUUUCAACGUACUGCCUGUCGUGAUAUUCUUCUCAUCAUUCAUCUCGGUGUGUUUCCACCUUGGCAUCAUCAGCGUUCUUAUUGACAAGCCCUCAGUAUGGGCUACCAAAUUGCUAGGCACUACAGGGCCUGAGACUCUCAAUGCUGUUGCAAACAUCUUCGUCUCCAUGACCGAGUCGCCCCUCAUUACUCGACCCUACAUGCACAUGAUGACAAACUCCGAGUUAAAUGCCAUCAUCGUAAACGGUUUCGCAUCUGUCGCGGGCUCCGUGUUAGCAGCUUACAUCAGUUUUGGUGUACCUGCUAACCACUUGCUAAUUGCAUGUGUCAUGUCAGCACCUGCAGCUCUGGCCGUUGCCAAAGUUAUUUACCCUGAGACCAAACGUGCUCCGCUAGCAGAGGUAUCAGCUUGUGAACAGGUGAAGAGCCCCUAUCACAACGUCCUCGAGGCGGCAAUGGUCGGUGCUAUGGACUCGAUACCAAUUGUUGCUGGUAUUGCGGCCAACCUGAUCGCCUUCCUCAGUAUUUACGACUUCUUUAAUCAAACACUUACCUGGCUGGGCUACCGUGCCGGUAUGACAAGGGACCUCACGUUUGAGCUUGUCUUCUCCUACAUCCUCUGGCCUAUCGCAUUUACCAUGGGAGUGCCUUCAGAGGACUGCCUCAAAAUUGCUGAACUCAUCGGCGUUAAAACCAUGUUGAACGAAUUCGUCGCUUUCCAACGUCUUGGCGCUCUCAUAAAGGACUCUGCCAUCUAUAAGAACAAUCCCGGAGGAACAACCACUAUUUUGCCCAAUGGGUCCUGGAUUUACCAGGAAGGAUCGGGAGCUAAGCAUAUCUUUGAAUAUGGGAUCCUUUACACGGAGCGCGCCGAGGUGAUAGCCACAUAUGCUUUGUGCGGCUUUGCCAACAUCGGCUCUAUCGGCAUCAUGCUGGGGGCAAUGGUGUCGAUGCUGCCUCACCGACGUGAAGACCUCUCCAAAAUGGUACUCGCGGGUAUGGUAGGAGGCACCAUCGCUUGCUUCCUCACUGGAUGUUUUGCAGGUGAGUCAAUCCUUCAGUCCUCUCCGCCCUACGCAGCAAAGCGUAUCACGACUUUGCAUCCUGCAAUCGGCUAUUGGCAGGUUCCUUAG